GAAGUACAGUGACAAUUGACAUUACUUGUCAUCGCUUUAAAUGAGAAAUCCCAUAAAAAUGUUUAACGAAAACUAAAGCUUAUUUACCUAAAAUAAAUUUAAACGUUUCGUAUCUUAUUUAUAAUAUGGAUUUAUCAAAAUUACAGAACGAAAAAAAGUUGAUUUUAUGCAAGACAUAUUAUAAAAUUGGGUACUUUCUAUUGCCGUUCGUAUGGUUAGUUAAUGCUAUUUGGUUUUUCAAUGAAGGUUUUCGAAAACCAGAAUUCGAAGAACAAAAAGAGAUAAAAAAAUAUGUAAUAUAUUCUGCAAUAGGUACGUCAAUCUGGUUUAUUGCUAUUGUUAUAUGGAUAAUUGUCUUUCAGCUCAAUAGAGCAAAUUGGGGUGAAUAUGCAGAUUAUAUUUCUUUUAUAAUACCAGUUGGAAUACCAUGAGGUAUUUAUCAUUUGUGAUUAACCAUUUAAAACAUUUUAAUUUGAAAAUUACCUUAUUGUUUAAAUACUUCAUGACUGAUUCCAGUCACAAUUUUUAUUAUUUAAUUUGUAGUAGUAACUUUUUAUAAUAAAUUUGAUUAAUCUCAAGUUUUCCUUAUUGUUUCAAACAUUUUUUUACCUGCUGAGCUCUGUAUAAAGUAAUAUCCAGGACAGGGACAUUGUGAAAUGUUUCAAUCUAGAAAUAUCCAAUAAAAGAUACAUUUAAGUGGAUAUCACAUAGAAUUUGUUUCGUUUGUCUCCAAAACACAAUUUUGUGACUUAAGUCUCAAUUAAAAUAGAUAGAAAGUGGGUAAAUAUGGCUAAACAAAGGCUUUUAAUUAUUAUAUUAUGCGCUUUGAGAUAUGAGGGUUGUUUAACUGCAUCAGCAAUAUAUUUCCUUUCCUAUCUUCGUAAAACACUAUCCAGGGAUGAAAUGAGCAGGCUAUUCACACAGUGAAUGCCGUGGCUUGCUUGUAAAAUCUUCAAUUGUCCUCUACCACUGCUAACGUGAAGUGGUAUUUAACAAAGCAGUGACCAGUUUAAUGACGUUUUUGAACAUGUCAGAAGUUUCUGAGACUCCCCAGCUGACAUGACUCUUUUGGAUUGUUGGUUUUUCCUGCAAGACUUCUUAUGAUCCUGUUCUGAUCAUCUUGUAAACAUAUUUCCUGGUGCUACAGUAGAGCUUUGAUUUACAAUAUGGAGUUAUAGCCCUGUCUGCUUCUUCAUUUUCUUGAUAGCCAUUAUUAGACCUCCUUAUGAUCCUGUUCUGUUAAGUUUAUUGUUGAUGUAACAUCUUUUGAUGCUACAGUAGGGUUCUGGUUCAAAAUACGGAGUCAUAGACCUGUCUACUUAUUCAUUUUCUUGGUAGCCAUUGUUAGGAUUCCUGUAAGACUCCUUAUAAUCCUUUUUUAUUCAGUUUGUUGUUGAUGUAACAUCAUUUGAACUUACAGUAGAGUUCUGGUUCAAAAUAUAGUGUCAAAGCUCUUUAUGCUUCUUCAUUUCCUGGUAAUCACAUUAUUACUUUCUAUCUUAUGUUGCUGUUGUAAUCAAUUGAAGACUUUAAAACAUUCUAUUCUUUGUAUUAUUUAUUUAGAUAAAGAUUACAGGAAAAGUAAGAAUAGUUUAUCUAGUUUUGUUUAGUAUGUUGGACUUUCUCCUUUAUCUUUAUGAUAAUUUUAUUUUUAAUAUACUAGAUGGCAUCAGUACUAGGUAAAAACAAAGCGAUAAUUCAAUUUUGAUAUUUAUUUCUAUCAAAAAAUACAUUUAUCAUAAUAUUUUAUCACAGUACAUUUGUUUUUUAAAGUGAGUCUUUUGUAAUAAUUAGUUGAUAGUGACAAAAAAACAAUGUGUAAAAACUGUAAUAAUUAUAUUGAAUAUAGGGAGUACUAGAUAUCUGGAA